UGGCCCUAUUCGCCUAAACCAAACCAGUAAACCCUCUGUCUCUCAAUCGCUCAAAGACUCGGAACCUUAAAUGCAGGCGCAACCGCAGCCCUCUCUGCCUCCCUCUGUCUCUCAAUCGCAAUCGCGGGCUCGCAGCCCUCUCUCGAAGACUCGAACUGAUGGCUCGUCCUUAAUCGCGAACCGUAAAUCGCAGGUCGCCGCUCACCGCCUCACGCCGGAGUCGAGUCGCCGGUCGCCGGAGUCGCCGGAGUCGCCGUUCGCCGGAGUCCAUAAAUCCAGGUCUCCAGAAUUUCAAUAAUCAAAUAUUCAAGCCCUUAUUUACUAAAAUUAAUAAAAGAAGCUGAGACUCCAAAUGAGACAGAGACGCUUCCCCAUUCAGCCUAAUUCAAUUCUGCGGAUUGAAGCUUCCGCCGACCGCUGACCACGACUGCCAACCACGACCAGCCCUGUCACAGCCGGCAGCCCACUCACCAGCGUUCAACAGCCACCGUAACAGCAGGUUUAGGGUUCUUUUCCCUCAAUUCAUGGACAUUGACCCUGAUAUUUCUCGGUGGAUUCUUGAAUUUCUCCUCCGGAAUCCUCUGGAUGAUGGCACCUCGAACGCUCUUAUCCGGGUCCUCGCUCCCGCUAACGACAAUCUGGGUCUCAAGAAGACAGUCCUUCUAAGAGCAAUGGAGUUAGAGGUUUUAAACGGUUCAGUUACUGAGAAAAUGCUCGGUCUCCUUGAGAAAUUUGAAGAGCUUGAAUUUCGAGAAGGAAUUCAAGCUUCGGAGGAAUUAAAGGCAGCAUAUUGCGCCGUGGCAGUGGACUGUACCGUGAGAUUUUUGAAGAAGAAUGGUGGUGAGAUUAGCAGAGGGGAGUAUUUUAGUGCUGUUAGGAGGAUAUGGAGGCAGAGGAUUUGCAGAAUGGAGAAAGCGGAUACGUCUGGGCUUGUCUCCAAGGAGUUGGGUAAUUGGAGGGAUGCAAUCGAAGCGGCUGUGUGGGAAGAUAGUUUUUGUGACAAAGUGAUAAGGAGUGAAAAAGUUGAUGUUGUUGAGGCUGUCCAAGUGUUUGUUAAGGAAGCAAAGGAUAGAAUGGGGUCUUCGUUCCUUGAAUAUACAGCUGAAAUGCUAAAAAAUGAUAAUAAUUUAAGGGAGCUUCUUCUAUCAGAGAACAGAGAAGAUAAGGGUGAAACUGAUGGGAAAAAUGAUAAUAAUAUGAGGGAGCUUCUUCCACCGGAGAAUGGAGAAGAGCAGGGUGAAAUUGGUGGGAAUGAUGCAGCUUUGCCUAGUGCUAGCCAGGACACGGCACACCACAAUAAUGGUAGAGAAUUGCGUCACUCUGCACGCAAGCCUACUAAAGCACCGCUGGUUGGGACAUCCAGAGGUGCCAAGAUUGCUGAUAGGGAUGAUUUGAGAGCUGAGGCACACAAACAGUAUGAUUUACCAGCUUCUCCUGAGGUCAAUAAAGCACAAGAAGCACUUGAAACAAGUUUCAUGGAAUUGCGAGCCGUGGUUAAGGACCCACUUCCAGAUGCUUUGCUUGAAGCUGCAGCAAUUAUGUGUCAACUGUCUAAGGGAAAUAUGGGUGAUCAACCUAUACAAGAAAAUGCGUCCAAGCGAAGCUUGAUGGAGCGGAACAGUACAGCCCAUGUACAUGAGUGGAAUGAUUCAAUAGAUAGCUUACCUGAAGUAUCAGGCAAUCGUGAAAUAAGAUCUCAGUUACCUACCCCAGAAAAAAGGAACAUUUCUCCUUUGAAGAAGUAUGAAAUGAACAGAUUGACAAAGAGGAGAAGACCUAAAAAAUGGAGUUUAGUGGAAGAAGACACCUUGAGGACAGGUGUAGAGAGGUAUGGAAAGGGAAAUUGGAAGUUCAUUCUGCAGGCUUAUCGUGACAUAUUUGAAGAGAGGACUGAGGUUGACUUGAAGGACAAGUGGAGAAAUAUGACUGGUCCAUUGGAUAAAAGUCACUAGUGUAUAUACAUUUAUUUAUAGGUGACCCUGUAUAGCAUUAGCAUUUUCAUUUUCAUCUGUGUCAGGUUGGUGGUUGUUUAUGAUGCUGUCCUUCCCCCUAAAAGCCAUGUGACAUGGUUGUGUAUUGUUAGAAAUGAAUUUAACUCUAUGAAAACAGGAAGCCUAUAAAAUCAUCUUUAUUUUAGCAUGUCCUUGAUUAGU